UCUCACUCAUAAGUCUAUCCCCUUAUAACCACCACCAUUUUCCAAACCCUAACCCUAGUAGAGAAGACUUGCAAUCGCUCCCGAACCUCCGUAAACUCCUUCGCCGUCUUCUCGAAGUAACGUUAAUAAAAUGUCGAUCGGAGAAAUAGCUUGCACUUACGCUUGUUUGAUCCUCAACGAUGAGGACAUUCCAAUCACUGCAGAGAAAAUUUCUGCUUUAGUGAAAGCAGCUAAUGUGACAGUCGAGCCUUACUGGCCUCUGCUGUUUGCUAAGCUUGCUGAGAAGAGAAACCUUGGGGAUCUCAUCAUGAAUGUUGGUACUGGUGGCGGUGGUGCUGCAGUUGCUGUUGCUGCUCCCACUGGUGGUGCCGGUGCCGGUGCUGCAGCUGCUGCCCCUGCUGCGGAGGAAAAGAAGGAAGAGCCCAAGGAAGAAAGUGAUGACGACAUGGGAUUCAGUCUGUUUGAUUAGGAGCUCCUUUCAGUAUGAUAUUUGGUUCUUUUUUAGAGAAUUGAUGAAACUUGGUAAUAGCACCCUUGUUAAGGAGAUUUUUGAUCUGUUUGUCACAGUUAAAUGUAAUCUUGAGGUUACGAUUUAUGAACAUCUGUUAUGUCAGUAAUUGUUACUUAUUGCUGUCUCCAAUUAUGUCCCUUUAUUGCUGUGA